UGUGUUGUGAAAUAAUGUAUCGAAAGUUAUGAUUUUGACGUUAAGGCUUGUCACCAUAGUUGUUUUUUUUGCAUAUUUAACAUUAAGUUUUUAUACUGGUUACAUUUUAUUUAAGAGCAACAGCAGCGUAAAAGACGUUGAAUUUACUCAUAGAAAGUUAGCCUUGCCGGAUGACGGUGAGGAUUGGAAUCCUUGGGGAGAAGAAUUUGAAAGAGACCCUCCACUAAACUAUAGAUCUUUUAUAGCACAGAAGUCUUCUUUGAAAUGGUCAAAUCAAAGCUUGGAUUUUGGUAAACAGUUUUAUAAAGCAAAGUCAGAUGAAUUCAAUCAGCCAUCUGAGACACACAAUGUGGAAAUAUGGGGAAAAGCUGCAAUAGGCUUAUAUUUGUGGGAGCAUAUUCUCAAUGGAAAAAUUGAAAGUAAAAUGGAUGGUGUCUGGAGCUAUGGUUUUAAAAAGAUUGAAAACUUUAAAUUUAAGUUUCGUACAGGGCCCGGUGUUAUCACAACAAAAGCACCAAAUGAUGUGGAACACUUGAUAUUGAUAUUGAAUGGCAGAAGUGAGGACAAAGUGUCAUUUGCAAAAAUGUGGCUGGAUUUUCUUCCACAAUUCAACAACUUGAAAAGUGCCAUUUUGAUUAUCUUAGGUAAUGAACAGUGCCAUAAUGAUUGGAUAAUUCCAUAUACUUCAAGAGCUGGUGGUUUAGUUAAUAAAACAUUUAUCAUCUAUGAUAGUCCUUUAGUUGAUAACGUACAUUUUUAUCAGUGGCCUUUGGGAGUAGCAACGUAUAGAGGUUUUCCUAAAGUUGACCCUAAACAAUUGGAUCUAGAGAAUGCACGUCCUUACACAUGCAACUUUUUAGGCUCCGUCUAUGCUCAUUCAUCUAGAGAAAAGUUACUUAAUGUAAUACAGAAAUAUAAUCUUACCCAAUUCUGUUUCAUUAAAGGAAGAAAUGAGUGGCAACCUCGUGAAACAAAAAAAUCCCUCAGUAUUUACAUUCAAAGUCUACGUUUGAGUGACUUAACACUGAACCCUGUUGGAAUGAACUCAGAGUGCUACCGAAUAUUUGAAGCCAUGCAGUUUGGAUCUGUGCCUGUUGUAGAAAAUGUGAUGACUCCUGGGGCUUGUGGCAAUUCAAAAGGAAUUAUGGCUCCUUCUCCUCUGAGAUUACUAAAACUAUAUAAAGCCCCAAUUAUAUAUAUUAAUGACUGGCUAGAGCUACCAGAUUUGAUUAAAAAGGAGCAAAAGAUGACAUUGCAAGAGAAAAUUAAUCGCCGAAUAAAAUUGGUGCAAUGGUAUGAAAAUUUUAAACUUAAUUUAAAAGAGCAAUUACUCGCCAUUCUGAAAGAGCUUACUUCAAAAAGAUGAUUCUCUUCAUCAUGCUUGUAUACUUUUAAUAAAGUAAAUGAUUUUAUCACAUUUGUUGUACAUAAAACAAAUGCUGUGCAUUUGUUCUAACAUUUAUAAUUAAAUUAUUUUUUAACACAU